CGCGCACCUGAGGCGAGGCGCACGUCCACUCCACGCACACCGACCGAGGACCAUGGAGAGCGCCGGCAACAGUUCCGAGGCUCCUCUCAGGAGCCCCUUGUUCUACAACAGCAGCUUUUGCCCGAACCUGACCGACAACAACGCGAGCCUGGCGGAGCCGCCGUGCGGCGCGACCCGCGGGCUGCCCGGCAGCCUGGACGACGACGCCAACCCGGUCCUCAUCGCCAUAGUCAUCACCGCGCUGUACUCCAUGGUGUGCAUGGUGGGCUUGGUGGGGAACGUGCUGGUCAUGUUCAUCAUCGUCAGGUACACCAAAAUGAAGACGGCCACCAACAUCUACAUCUUCAACCUCGCUCUGGCAGACGCCUUGGUCACCAGCACACUUCCGUUCCAGAGUGUCAACUACUUGAUGGGGACCUGGCCGUUCGGUGACAUGCUGUGCAAGAUGGUGAUGUCCAUCGACUACUACAACAUGUUCACCUCCAUCUUCACUCUCACCACCAUGAGCAUCGACCGCUACGUCGCUGUGUGCCACCCCGUCAAAGCGCUGGACUUCAGGACUCCAAGGAAUGCUAAGAUUGUCAACAUCUGCAACUGGAUCCUGUCCUCGGCCAUCGGGCUGCCUGUCAUGUUCAUGGCCUCCACUGUCGUCACUCACUCCAACAUUGUUGACUGCAAGCUGAUUUUCCCCCACCCCUCCUGGUAUUGGGACACCCUGCUGAAGAUCUGCGUGUUCAUCUUUGCCUUCAUCAUGCCUGUCCUCAUCAUCACCAUCUGCUACGGUCUCAUGAUCCUGCGGCUCAAGAGCGUGCGAAUGCUUUCAGGCACCCAGGAGAAGGACAAGAACCUGCGUCGUAUCACUCGCAUGGUUCUGGUGGUGGUCGCCGUCUUCAUCGUCUGCUGGACCCCCAUCCACGUCUUUGUCAUCAUCACAGCUCUGAUUAACAUCCCCAGCUCCACGCUGCAGACCAUCACCUGGCAUUUCUGCAUCGCUCUGGGCUACACUAACAGUAGUCUGAACCCUGUUCUCUACGGUUACCUGGACGAGAACUUCAAGCGUUGUUUCCGUGAGUUCUGCCACCCGAAUCCCUCGGUGGAGGAGAUGCAGAACUCAUACAGAACCGGAGCCGCCAAUCGCAAGCAAGCUCAGCACGAAAUCAACAGUGCAAACACAGGCGAGAGGUCCAACCAGCAGGUAGACAGGACUGUGUGUCCACGUACAAGUACAUCUACUGUAUCUGUUAUGGUAUGACUAGCCUUGGAGGGGUCGUCGGUGGACUCUGGCUGUUGUGGAGGGGUUACCAACGAUGACCUCAGUUCUGAAGUCACGCAGGUCACCACAGGGCUUUAGUCACAUGCACACACGCACGCACACGCAACGAAUCCAGGACGCGACUGGGACGGAAGAGCACGGACUACUUUUGCGAUGUGUGGAGAACUUGACUGUAGUGCUGGAUCGCAUCAAGCAUCAUCCUGUCAACCGAAGGUCACUGAACGUACGGCUGAGUUGGGGAUUUUUCACGCUGGGACGGAUAAAAAUGGGACUGGCCAGAAUAGUAAUGAAGAAAAGAAAAAAAGCAUCAUCGACAUAGCUUCAUCUUAUUUAAAGAAUGAUAAAAGUAAAUAAAGUUGUACAAAAAUGUAAAAAAAUGCUUUGAACAAUUUCUCUGCUAUAUUGUUAUUUGACCGAUUUGCUCAAUAGAUAGAAAUACUGUACAGCCAGCUGACAGGUACACUGGCAGAUCUGUGAAACCGUUUCUACAAGCCAGUAACUUGAUGUUUCAUUAUCCUCAACCUCGUGCCGUCUGCAGAUCGUUGCUAUUUUUUCAGGUUGAAAGACAAAUCAAUUGGCUGUCGUUUGUCAUAUGCUUUCACGCCACGCUGGCACUUUCCCUCCAGUUGCCUUCAUUCUCUUCAUGUUGUUUACACUGGUGAGAGUCCAGCUCGAAUUGUCGGAAACGUGGAUUUAUGGACGUUUCUUCUCGAAGGGUCUGCUUUUUUCUGCCCUCACAAAGACUUCACUGGAGGUGAAAUUCAGUAAAUGUCAAUUGCACCAACUGUGCUUCUCAAGCUGCUUUUGUUUGGAUCCAGCAGGACCUGCCCUUGUCACCUCACACCCCUCUCUGAUCAGCUCAGCGGCACGCCGGCCGGCAGCAGCCGCUCCAGCGCUGCUAUGCAACUGGGCUAUUUUCUCAACCCAUUCGUCAUUUCUCUCUUGAGCUUUUAUACCAUCGAACCGACUGAACACGUAAUGAAGCACUGUUUGUUCUCUCUUUGCAAAAACACGAAAAACUUCUGAAUGUACAGAGAGGAAACUACCUGUGUCUGUCACAGUCUGUGCCAAACUGUGGGGGCUUCGAACCAGCAGAGAAGACGCAUCGGCCUGCCAGUGCAGUGUUUGCUCCUAUGAGCCGCAGUGCAAACACUUGGUUCGACCUGUGUAUGAUUAACCACGGUUUAAUGGCCAUCGUACGAGGGUUGGCUGUAAAUGGAGUCAUUUCUCCUGUUUGGAGAACCUCACAAGUGAGCUAAAUAGGAUUGUGCAUCUGGUGUAAUCUCUGAAAUAGCUUUUGCUUAAAUAUUGUGCCGUGUACUGUAUGUGUAAGAUAACUUUUUGAGUAGCUCUGUGAUAUUCUGUGUAACAGUAUUUUAUCAAAGGCUCUAUAAAUGUGAACAUGAUUGUAUUAAUAAUCUGUUAUGUAAGGUUUUUUAAGCAAUCUGCUGUUCAUAUAUAUAUAUAUAUAUAUAUAUAUAUAAACUUUUGUCAUGUUGAAUCUGCUUUGCUAAGUUAAGUAUAAUACAAAUCAUUGUGUAGAAACCUGAAGUAGUGCAUUUGAAAAUAUAAACAGAUUUUAACUGAUUUAUCUGAUUCUGAGGGAAAGUGAUUUUAAUGCCACACCGUGCACACAACAGAUCUGUUUUUGUGUCAUUGCUUGAGGUGAAUUUUUUUAAAUGUACACUUUAUUUAUUCUUUUCAGUCUUUCUUUUCAGGCUGUCAGCUUUAAAAUAAAGAGCCAGAGGAGAGCAGCUUUGCUGUUAGGGGUAUGAGCUGUCACAUGCUGUUCGUCUCAUGUGGUUUAUGUUCACGGUUCCUUUUUUUGUGCAAACAAAUCAAACAAAAUAAAAAGUGUACUACUGUGUGUUAUGUCAUAAAACACGCAAUGAGACCAAGUAACUGUUGAGGAUAAAAAUAAAAGU